GGACAUAAUUUUGUAAAUAUAAUAAAAAAAAUGAAUUCUGGAGCCGAACAAUCAAAUUUCUUUCAAGAUACUCAACAAAGCUGGACUGACGAUUUACCUGUCUGCAAACAAUCUGGUGUUGGUUUCUCAACUAAUCAAAUCUAUAGAGAAGAUGGAUAUCGCCAGAAAGAGCAUUCAUUUGAAGAUCGAAGUUUUCAUUUUAAAUACGACGACUCUACAUUUCUCUAUGCUGUUUUCAACGGGCACGAAGGAACCAAAGCAGUUACAUUUGCUAUGCAAAGAAUGACCGCAGAGAUUCUUUUAGGUCAAUUAAAUGACAAAACUACAGAUGAAGAAGUCAAAGAAGUGUUGAGACAAGCAUUUAUAUCAGUUGAACGUGGCUAUAACGAUUCCAUCGGUGAUUUAUUAGCAGAAAGAACAAGUUUGCAAUGCGAUAUUCCAGAUGGCCUUAAUUCUUAUGAGGCAUAUCAAAAAUUUCCCGAUGUGGUAAAUAAAUUAAAUACAUUGAAUUGUGAAUUAUCUGCUGGAACUAGUGCCAUUGUGGUUUUGAUAUACCGUGGGAAGCUCUAUGUAGCUAAUGUCGGUGACGGUAGAGCUUUACUAUGUAAAACUGAUAGUAAUCAAGUAUUGAGGGUUGUACAAUUAAGUGCUGACCAUGAUCUAAAAAAUGAAGAUGAAAUACUUCGAUUAUGUCAACUUGGAUUGGAUAUUAAAUCAAUUAGACAAGGAUCUCAUUUAGGCAAUCAGGAAAAUACAAGAUGCUUAGGUAACUAUUUGGUUAAAGGUGGUUACAAAGAAUUUGAAGAAUUAUCUUCUGCCAGUAGUGAGCCAAUUAUAGCAGAACCAGAAAUCCAUGCAGGUAUUGAACUCGAUCAAUCAUGUAGAUUUUUACUAUUAAUGUCACGAGGCGUGUACAAAUCUUUGGAAGAAGCUACUGGUACCGAUCAAGUUAACAAAGAAUUAGCCUUAUUAGCUGUUGAACAGUUUAGAGUACAAUCAACAUUGACUGGAGUAGCCCAAGCAGUGGUCGAUAAGAUUGUACGUAUUCAUCACGAUGUGAAUAUGAGCAAUUCGCAAAAUACUCUUACAAAUGGUAAACGGGAUGAUAUAACACUACUUGUUCGCAACUUCAACUUUCCAAUGCCAAAUGCUCUUAAAAGUCCUACUAUAGCAUCAAUGCAUUUUAAUCCUCAAAUAACAAACACUGAGAGCUAUUGUGUAUCUGAGAAUAAUAGUAAUUGUGGGACAUCGAAACAAGAGGUUACCUCUAUAAGUGAUGAAACGUCGACUGAAACAUGUGACACUACGAAAUUGGCAGACAAAAGAAACGCAAGAAUUAAGCCGUACGUAGAUUUUUCUGAAUAUUACGCAAAUGUUGAAAAACGAAGAAAAGAAGGUACUCUGCCUAAAGGAAUUCAGUUUUAAAUUUGAUGUAUAUUUAAUUUUUACUCAAAUAUCUGUACAUAUAAAUGUUUGUAG